CCUAAACCUUCAACUUCUCCCUCUUCCCGGCCUUCAUUUCUAUCGACUUCCAUUGACGGUUGAUCUCCUAUCUGGCUUCUUUCAAUAAGGGUCAUGAAUUUCAACAAUGUUAAAGUCCCCAACGUUCCAGGUGGUGGUGCUGCUGGUGCUUUAGUUAAGUUUGGAGUGUUUGCUGGUCUUGGAGUAUAUGGUAUUGCUAACAGUUUUUACAAUGUCGAUGGUGGACACCGUGCAAUUGUAUUCAACCGUUUAGUUGGUAUCAAAGAAAAGGUUUACCCUGAAGGAACUCAUUUCAUGAUCCCAUGGUUUGAGAGGCCAGUCAUUUAUGAUGUUCGAGCUCGCCCUCAUUUGGUGGAGAGCACAUCUGGAAGUCGUGAUCUCCAAAUGGUAAAAAUUGGUCUUCGAGUUCUGACCCGUCCUGUGGCAGAUGAAUUGCCUACUAUUUACCGUACACUUGGUGAGAACUUCAACGAGAGAGUUCUUCCAUCCAUUAUCCAUGAAACCUUGAAAACUGUUGUUGCCCAAUACAACGCCAGUCAACUCAUCACUCAAAGAGAGGCUGUUAGUAGGGAAAUAAGGAAGAUAUUAACAGAGAGAGCUGCAUUUUUCAAUGUUGCUCUGGAUGAUGUCUCCAUUACCAACCUGACAUUUGGUAAGGAGUUCACUGCUGCUAUAGAAGCCAAGCAGGUUGCUGCACAAGAAGCUGAAAGGGCUAAAUUUGUUGUUGAUAAGGCUGAACAAGACAAAAGAAGUGCUGUAAUUCGUGCUCAGGGUGAGGCCCAAAGUGCACAGCUGAUUGGUCAAGCCAUUGCCAACAAUCCAGCAUUUAUCACGCUAAGGAAAAUCGAAGCUGCUAGAGACAUAGCAGGCACGUUAUCUAAUGCUUCAAAUAAGGUAUUCCUGAAUUCGGGUGAUCUGUUGCUGAACCUACAGGAUAUGAAUCUGUCAACCGUGAAGAAAUAAUAAAAGAGAAAAAAAAUGAAUUAAACCAUCGUCUGGAUGAAUUUUCUUUCCCUAACCGAAAUAUUUUCCAAUCUUUUAGUUACAUGCUACGAGUUGCACAAUGCUGUCAAUCUUGAGAUAGACUAAUCCUCAAUUUUGAAAUUGUUAUAUUGCACUGAUUAACCCUUUUCAGCAAGUUACUUCCUUUACUCAUCUAUUGUAGUUGUGUGUUACAU